AUGGAUCAUCCUACCUCAUGGUCUGCACAAGCAGCCAAGCCAAAACGUGCAAACCUUCUCCGUUACAUUGCCAUGCUAAUACUAGCCUUGAUCAUCCUUGUGGGUAUAGCUGUGAUCAUAGUUUGGUUGGUUUUGAAGCCCAAAAAGUUGGAGUACAGUGUGGAGAAUGCUGCAAUCCACAACUUCAACUUAACGGAUGCAAACCACCUCUAUGCAAACUUUGAUUUCAGCAUAAGAUCAUACAAUCCAAAUUCUAGAGUCUCAAUAUACUAUGACACUGUUGAGGUGUCAGUGCGUUAUGAGGACCAAACUCUAGCCACCAAUGCUGUUCAGCCAUUCUUCCAGUCACACAAAAAUGUCACCAGGCUGCAUGUGGGCCUCACGGCCCAAACUGUGGCCCUGUAUGAGUCCGUGCCUAAGGACCUUAAGCUUGAGAAAUCCUCCGGGGAUAUUGAGUUAGAUGUGUUGGUGAGGGCAAGGAUAAGGUUCAAGGUUGGGUCGUGGAAGUCAAAGCAUCGAGUUUUGAGGAUAUUUUGUUCUCCUGUCUUGGUGCAUUUCUCUAAAGCCAAGAGUUUCGAAAGGGUCUCUUGUGAAGUAGAACUCUAA